UGUUAGUUUCACUGGAUUGUCAAAUGAGAAGUAACUGUUAACAAAUAAAAUUCUUGUAAUCUAAAUGAGACAGUAUUUAUUGUGUAAAUGAUCAAUGGCAGCAAUUGACAAAGUGAAAAUCAUUGUCGUUGGUGAUUCUGGUGUUGGAAAAACUUCACUGACACACUUAAUAUGCCAACAACAAACAAUAAGCAAUCCUUCGUGGACAAUAGGAUGUUCAGUAGAAGUAAAAUUACAUGAAUACAAGGAAGGUACUCCAAACCAAAGGAGAUAUUUUAUUGAGCUUUGGGAUGUUGGCGGUAGUCAGAGUCAUAAAAAUACAAGAUCUGUUUUCUAUAAUCCUACAAAUGGUAUAAUUCUUGUUCAUGACCUAACAAAUAGAAAGUCACAACAGAAUCUACAAAAGUGGCUCCAGGAAGUCUUAAACAAGGAUGGAAGCUACUCAAAAUCAAAAUCUUUUGAUGACUUUGAUCCUGAGCAAUUUGUGGGGUCGACGCAAAUUCCAAUAUUAGUUAUUGGUACCAAACUGGAUCUGGUAGCAGAAGUAAGAUCCAAUAUUCACAGACGAUCCUCAACAAUAGCAGAGGAGUGUGGUGCUGAUGAAAUCUUUCUAGAUUGUCGCCAAGUAAGGUCCUUGGCAGCUGGAUCGAGUUCCUCAGUAAAGCUCAGUAGAUUCUUUGACAAAGUAAUAGAGAGACGAUACUAUGCAUCAAGAGAAGGAAUCAGCCCUGACAAACGAAGACUUCCUAUCUACACAUCUCAAUACAGCCCAAAGUCUUAUCAUAAUGAUUAAAAAUACCAAACCAAGAAUAGAGGAUGUACUGUAUUCAGUAAUGGAUCGAAAAAGAUUGAAGGUUUCCAAAAUAAAAAUUGACAUUCCUAUCCUUCGCAAUUUCUGUACUAAAUAACGAUGAUGAAAUCAAAUAUAUUGAUUACAGAAACAAC